GCAGCAUACGGUUGCUAUAUAUGGCCUUCGGCGCUUGUGAUGGGAGAGUUCGUUUGGUACUACCGUCAGAGGUUUAUGAAUAAGACAGUGUUAGAGGUUGGUGCAGGUACUUCGAUCCCUACACUUGUACUUGCCCAAACUGCAAAGCCAGCCCAUUUGAUAAUUAGCGAUAUUCCAGAAAUUUUACCUGUUGUUCAUGCUUGCCUCGAGCGAAAUAAAGUUACUGAUGUAUGGGUAAACGCUGUUGUGUGGGAUAAGCUAGGUACGGAUACAAGUAUUGAUUAUCUGACUAACAAAGUCGAGACUGAAUGGAGAACCAAGAUCGACUACAUCAUUGGUAGCGAUACCUUUUAUGAACCAUCCCAGUUUGAAAAUUUACUUGUGCUGGUGUCCUAUGUCGUAUAUAAUCACAAUCCAAAAUGCAGAUUUAUAACAACAUAUCAAGAAAGGAGUCCUAAACGAAGCAUACAGUAUUUGUUGGAUAAAUGGGGGUUAAGCUGCACCCAAAUACCCAAGGAUUCAUUUGGUUUUGAUGAAACAAAAUACAUAGAAAGAGAAAGAUCCGAAGUUGUGGUUAGUGCUGGUACACUCUCCAGCGUAUUUUUGUUUGAAAUAGGCGCCGCUUUGUAG